UUAAUUGUUAGGGAUUUAAAAAAAAAAAUAGUCCAGAAUUUUAACAAUUCAGUAGUUGAUCUCUCCAAAACCAAAAGGAAUGUCAUCGGAAAAUCUCUCGGCGACGCCGUCGCUGAGUAGUAUUGAAUCGGCAAUCAAACUUAUUGACGUCAAAAAGGACGAACUCAAGAGAGCGUUCGAUGAUCUCCAAGCCAACUCUCAGCGCCUCUCUUCUUUCUCUAUCUCCUGGUCCGACCUCGACUCUCACUUCACCGCUCUUCAAAAUUCCGUCACUCAACGCUUCCGCAUCCUCCUGUCUCGCGAAGCCAUUCACAACCCAAUUGAUCACGUCCCCACUCUACCACUCGCCUCUAAACAGGGAGACCCAUCUGCUCCACACCCGUUAACCGAACAAGACCCAGUUGACUCGGUGGUUAAUCAGCCAUUAACUCAUCUUUUACCGUUGGAUAGUGAUAAACCAUCGUCUUCAAAUUCGUUGAGCGUGCAGUCCGAUGGUUCGGUUCCGCCGUCAGGCAACAUUGACUCGGUGGUGACUCGACCAGAACUGAAGGAAUUUUGUGAGAGAAUGGAUGGCAAGGGGUUGAGGAAAUACAUAAACGACCACGUAAAAGAGCGGGAAGCUAUCCGAAUGGAGCUUCCCGAUGCACUGCAGAGUGCUGCGGACCCUGGGGCAAUGGUUUUGGAUGCAAUGGAGGGGUUUUACGCUGAGAAUUUGCAUUCUAAAGGUGAGAAAGACCCUGAAUUGCUCGGAUUAAGGAGGGUUUGUGUGGUUUUAUUGGAGCAGUUAAUGGAAACUGGUUUAAGUUUCAGUGAAGAAGUGAGGGAGAGAGCAAAGAAGUUAGCUUUAGAGUGGAAAGGCAAGGUUAGGUUGCGCAAAGAUAACUCUUUGGAGACAUCGGCGUUUUUGCAUUUAGUGGCAACUUAUAGUUUGGGAGCUAUGUUUGAUAAAGAGGAGCUUGUUGGUUACUUCUUUACCAUUGCUAAAUUUCGUCAAGCUACCAUGUUGUGUAGGUCAAUUGGUUUAGGGGAGAAAGUUCAUGAUUUGAUUCAAAAACUUUUAGAUAGUGGCAAACAGUUGCUUGCUGUGAGAUUUAUAUUUGAGUUUGGGCUAGCAGAAAAAUUCUCACCUGUGCCUCUUUUGGAAGAGUAUCUGAAUGAGACAAAGAAGCUUGCUCAGCAAGUAUGCGAGAAUGGUAAGAAUACUCUCAAGUCACAGAAUGAGGCUGCUAGUAAAGAAAUUGGUGCCUUGAAAUCUGUCAUUAAAAUAAUUGAAGAGCACAAGCUAGAAACUCAAUAUUCACGGGAGCCCCUUCAGAAACGUAUUGAGCAGCUUGAGAAGCAGCUGGCAAACAGAAAACCCCCUGCAACACCUGCUGCACCCAAGCCUCAGCAGCCGCAGGCCAGUCAGCCGAUGGCUCAGCAGGCGAAGAAGAAGAAGAAGCAGGCACCAGGAAAGCAGCAACAGAGUGGCAACAAGCGUCCUAAAACAACUGCUAGUGUUGUUCAUGCAGCACCCUUAUUGAGUGCUGCUGGUUCAACUUCUGCAGUUGCUCCAUUCCAGCCACCUGGUUUAUUGCUGGAUCAUUCUGCUGCAUAUUUGAGCUCAUCACCCAUUCCUUUUGGCUUCCCAGGUCCCACUGCAGUUAAUCCUUAUGCCGGCCCAUCAGCUGCAAUGUAUGGUUUGGCAGGAGCACCUAUGGGUUUCCCUGUGAAUCCAAACUCCUCUGCAUCUCAUUUAUAUAAUUAUGAUAGGCUGCCUACUUACGGUGCAUAUGGUUUUCCACCACAAUUCCAUCCAUCUUACCAUCCAAAGUAGCUUGUGGCUUGGCAUUACUAGGAUAUUUCUUAUAUUUGUUGACCGACUAUUCUUGACAGGUUGAGGCUUCAUUUAUUGAUAAUUUUGCUAACUCGUCAUCAGAAGAUUUAUGUAAAUUAUGGUUUAGUUUUCAUUUUCAAUUUAGAAAACUGUUGCACCCUUACUCUUGUUUAUAUGAAAUAAAACAAGACAAGAUUGCUUGGAUUUGGAAA